AUGGACAAGAUCUAUGCAGACCCUAACAUGGAAAAUGAUAACACAGAGCACAUCAGAGGGAAGCGACUGUCCUCUGUGAGUAACUUAAGGCGUUUCUCAAAAGAAAACUGUAUUUUAAAGGCUCCGCGAAAUCCUCUUGAUGAUCUGGGACAUGGGAAUGAAUUGACGCAGGAUAUCAACAUAGAAAAACGUAGGAAAAACUCUCGCCGUGUCAGCUUUGCGAACACCAUAAACUGCAGAGUCUUCCAGCCAGAUCUUAAGAAUAACACAGCAGAGAGAGAAAGUACAGAAAUGAAGAACCUGAAGCUGUUCCAUGUGAGAUCACUGUGGCAUGAUGCGGACAACGCCAUUCAAAGAACAAAUAGGCAUGACACCACCCUCAUCUUUUCAGAUGAAAAUGAAAUGGAUAUGACGGCUAGUCACACUGCAGUGAUUACACGUAACCUGAAAAACAAUCAAGCUGAUGAAACUGAGAAAAUAGAUAUCACAUCCUUUCUGGCUGGGUUAAACUCUAACAAUGGAAAGGCAGAAUUUCAUUUUUUCUCUGACCCUACAAGCCAUUCGUGCCCAUCUUUUGAACAAAAGGAAGAUGCUACUCCUGUAAAAAAAAUAAAUUUCAAUGAAUUUUUGAGGAGCUUGAAGUCAAAUGAAAAGGCACCUAAUCCUAUUGAGGGACCUGACAAAGAGAAUGUUUUUUUUGUCCCUUCACAAGUCCCAGAAGACAUGGCACGAUCGUCGGUGGAAUUUGUACGUUCCCAUGAACCACUGGACACCUGCAAUGUAACAAAAGUCUUUAGAGGGCAAGAUGACGGAAUGGAAAUGACAAAAUGCCAGGCAUCUGAUGUUAAAGCUAUGUUUUCCGGUAUUUGUGAAGCUCCACCAGAGCAACUACUGUGUGCAGAUGUUACUGAGGCAUUUGCAGAUGAUGGAAUGGAUAUGACAACUAGCCACACUGCAAAAAUGUCUUUUCCCUUCUCCAGUGACCUUCAACUUUGUACAGACAAAAAAAUAGUAAAUGUUGAAGACAGACGAGAUCCUAUAGUGCUGCGAACUGUUAGACAAGAGGCCAGAACAAUGUCUGCCAUCCCAGGAUCCAUUUCUUCUGAGACAGUCUUCCGAGGUGAUAAAACUGUUGUUUUUUCUAAAUGUGAUGACUUGGAAAUUACUGGGAAUUAUACAGAUGUAAUCUAUAAUGACAGUACUAAGGAAAUGAACAGUUCACAUCGUAAAACUUUUGAAAAGCCAGUUAAUACAAACUCUUCACUAGCAGAAAACAGACAUCCAGCACAUGGUGAUAGGGACAUUACAAAGAGUCUAACAUCUUCAGAUAAUCGAGCUUCAGUGUCGUAUAAAAACAGUGCAACUGAACUAUCUUCAGGCUCAGAUGAACGAAUUGAAAAAGUGACCCAAGAUCAGGGGACUCCUUCAGUGAACAUGGGUUUUGAUUCACAUACAAAUUCAGUGUCUACUGGUGUUUCUAAGAAUAAACUUCAGCACAGACUAGCAAACUCUCAACUUGUUUCUCUGCCAGGUGAGAAGACAGUAAUAUUCUCAGGAGAAGAUAUGGACUUGACUAAAACCUGUGUUGUCAAGGAUGAUGGAAAGAAUGUUGAAAACGAAUCUCCUGCUGGAGUGCCCACCUCUGCCACCUGCAAACCUUGUUUUCUUGAUAACAGCUCUACAUCUCCCAGUUUAAAUGAACAGGAAGAAAUGGAAAUAACUAAAUGCCAUGCUGUUGUCAUUGAUGAUCAGAGCAAUGGGAUAACUGCAGAAGCAAAACAAAUGCAUUGUAAAGUAAUUCCAAGAAAGAACCAGAACAAAAAUGUCAGCGAAUGUCCAAAUUCUUUAGAUAUGGACAAGGAAAAUCUUGAGGUGAUCAGUUUCGAUGGGAAUAUGAAAAGAAGCCAGGCUAUAGAAAGGAAUACUAAAGAUCUUGAGAUGAUAAUGGUUGAUAAGAAGCUUGGAAAACCAAAUGUUCAGGCAAGUGGUCUGAGUUCCUGUGCAAAGAGCGUGUGCUCAUUACAAGAGCAAAAGAGAGAAGUCCCUGAGAAUAUUGUCACCGACACCUGUGCAUUCAUGUCUUUGCAAAGUCAAAAAGUUGUAUCUCAACCGUUGGAAAAAAACCUAAACACUUCAGUUUCCUGCACAAAUGACAAAAUGGGCAGGUUUUCAGAUGAUGAAAACAUGGACAUAACCAAAACUCAUCCUGCUGCCUUUGAUGUUGCUCCUGUUCAUACAGUACAAGAAUACAAGAAUAAUCGUAAUCAAAAUAAUGCAGUAUCCAAGCAGCUGCAAAACCAGACCUUCCAGUUCUCUGCUAGUUCUGGUGUGGAUAUCACAAGUCAGACUGCAGCAAUAGAACGCGGGGAUUUGAAAAUGAGCACAAAUAAGCAAACUGUUACUCCUUUGGCUCCGAAUGGUUCAUUUAUUUCCAGUAAUGAGCCUGUUCCCUGUGGAAUGAAAGGAAAUGAACGACUUGGAACAAUAUUAGGAAUAAAAGCAGAUGGCCAAAACUCAGACAGGCAAGAGAAAACCCAUACUGUGAAGGUAGUAAACAAAGUAUUGCCAACUCAUGCAGAUUCUGAGGGAGAUUUUUCAAUUGGUAAAACAGUUUCUCCAGAAGAGGAUUUUAAAAAUCUUCACUCAGUUGAUGGCCUGCACUUGAGGGGUGCCGAAGAGCCGUUGCUAGCCAAUACGUCUGGACCACAGAAGGGAAUUUCCCAGUUGCCUUCGUUUUUGGAAAAGUCAGUUGUGUUUCCCUCUGGUGAAAACAUGGACUUGACUGGAAACUGUGUGAUAAUGGUUCCUGAUCACAACAUCAAUCCUGUUUUAUCAGAAAGAAAAGCGGUACCUAGACACAGUGUUCAAGAUGAAAAUAAAAUAAUGUCCGUAAAACAAGGGGUCAUGAUGACAAUAAAUAGUCAGGAGCAGCCUGCGUGCAAUGCGUACUCCUUGGUAUCUGGCAAGAAAAUGUUAACCAUGACUGGUUUAAAACAUUUGCCUUUCGCAGGUGAGAAAACAACCAUAUUUUCAGAAGAUGCUGAUAUGGACAUCACCAGAAGUCACACAGUUUCAGCAGACAAAAUAAUUUUUCAAUGUAAGAGUUCAAGUGAUGACACAGACUUAAUUUCUGGAGAUAAAACUUGUGUUUUCACCUACAAUGAUGACAUGGAAAUAAGUAGACUCGAUACUGUUGCAGUUGACAAAUCUAUGGAAAAGGCUGCAUCUCAAGGGAUGCUUAACAUGGCUAAAAGGACUGGAAGGAAAAGCUUGAAGGGCACAACAGGGGAAAAGACUGUUUUAUUUUCACUGAACGAUGAGAAUAAUGACAUGGAGAUCACAGAGAGCCAUACGGCUGCAAUAGGCCAUGAAAUUGUCUUGCAAAAUGAGGUCGGGCUUCAUUCUGUCUCUUCAGCUCAUCCUGUUAAAACUGUUAUGUUCACAAGUAGUCAGGCUGACAUGGAUAUUACCAAGUCUUGCUCUGCUGACAAAACUACCGUAAAAGUUGUAUGUGAUGAUAAACUGAGCUUGGAUAAGGAGGUUGGACAGCAAGCGCUUUCAAAUAGCGAAGCUACUGUGUUUGCUAUGGAUGAUAUGGAAAUCACUAAAACCCAUAAUGUAGCUUUGGAAGAAAAUUCUCUGCAAGGUAGGCAACUCACUCAGUGUGUUCCUUUAACUUCCACAAUCAUGUUUACGAGUUACCAGGCUGACAUGGAAAUGACCGAGUCUCACUCUGUUGACAAAAGUAUUGAAAGAGUCUUAUGUGAGGAUAGAUUAAACCUGGCUAAGCAGGCUGGACAGGAGGCUGUUUCAGCCUCAGCAUUUCCUGGUGAGAAAGGGACUAUGAAAGGCCACAGUGGCACAACACCAGGUUCCGUUUAUUCUGUCUCGCUUCCAGAAGACACUGUGGAUGUGCGGGCACCACAGGAUCUUGACCUUCCCACGGAUAAUUCUGCCCCUGUCAGCAGUCAGCAGGAUCUCACACAACCAGAAAAACUGAAAUCAAAGAGAGUGUCUUUCAAGCUUCCAAGUAAUGGGCCCAUGGAUUGCAGUGAAGAAAGCGGUGAUUUGGUGUCCCGCGUUUCACUUCCCAUCCAGGAACCAGAUUCUUUGACGGGUUCUCCAGAUGGAUGUAGUACUAAGAGAAACCAAGUAUUGAAAACUGAUUCAUCUAGACAUGAAGACUUGGCUACAGAUUUAGGCUUGGCUGGAGCAAGCCUUGUUCCAGUUUCUAACAAGGAAUCAAAGGAAAAUGAGGGACUGUCAGCUGAAGGGGAGACACCUCCAAAAGACUUUCAAAUAAACUCUGAACAAACUAAGCAACUUUUGGUCAGUGACAGUCCAAGAGAUCAAAUAGAUCCCACUCUUGCACCUGAAUUAUCAGGUAUUUUAAAUGUUUGUUCAAAACUGAAAAAUAUUAGAAGGAAAUCUGCAGUUCUCUCCCUUUCUGAAACUGGUUUUUCUGACCAGUUGCCCAAAUCAUCAACUCAGCCAGAGGAUACCUUGAGGUUAGGAAAAACUACUGUAAAUGAACCAAAUAAUUUAUUUUAUACCAAAGAGCAGGAGAACACAUGUCUUGAAUCUGGAGCUGCUCCCAUAGAUGCAAAUUCAGGCAUGACACUUAAAUAUCAAGGAAUAAAUGUCCCUCUAGGUAUCUUCCAGCCUAAAUUACCGAACAGAAGAAAUCCUUCUGUUUCUAGUGUACAAGCCAUAAAUACAAAAUCUUCAGACAGAGGAGAAGCACCAGUUUCAGAAGUAAGCGUGAAUGCUGGUGGAACCCCAGGUAACAAGAAGUCCAGUAGACAGAACUUCAGCCCUUCUCGGUUUAUAGCAGAAGAAUUUCUUCCUGUCUGCCUAGAAGAAAUGGAUUCAAAUGAAUCUGUAAGCUCUGAACUCGUAGAAAAUGCUUGCAAUGAGAUAAACAAAACCCAAAUCUCCCACAAUGAAAAGAAUCAAUUUGAAGAGACAAAAACUUGCAACAACACAAAAAGAGCUUUGGAACAACAUGAGGAGGAUCUUCAAAGUCCAAAGAAGCUCAAGAGGGAUGAAAACUUGGAUGGUGAGGCCUCCCAAGACUUGCAGGUUACUUCUGGCGCUGUGUCUCAAAGCCAAGUAGAAGUUCAUGAAGGUGAAGAUGCUCCAAAUCUGUCGGCUAAAAGCCCCGAUUGUACGCACGCCAGCACCAGCAGCUCUCUGGAUUCCGUUAAGGCUGACACAGAAUUAACAAGUAAGACUUCCUUUCGAAGCAGUCAGAUGGAGUCUCAGCUUCUCACAGAUAGCAUUUGUGAAGAUAACUUACGGGAGAAAUUUCAGAACGGUGUUAUCACAGUUGGGGAGUUUUUUACGCUUCUUCAAGUCCAUGUUGUGAUUCAGAAGCCCCGGCAUAGCCAUCUUCCCGCCAGUUGUGCAGUCCGUGAACCACCUACUCCAGAAGACCUCAUUUACAGCCAAUAUGUUUAUCGCCCCAAGCUGCGUAUUUAUGAAGAAGAUUGCCAGGCCCUUUCUCAGAUGAUAGAUGAGUUAAAACUGUAUGCGAAUGUCCAGGAUCAGCUCCUGGUGAAUGUGAAUAGGAGUUUGUGGGAAGUAAUGAGAACCUGCUCUGAUGAAGAGCUGAAGAGCUUUGGAGCAGAAUUGAACAAAAUGAAAUCCUAUUUCACCAAGGAGAGUAAAAUCUUGGCUCACAAUGAGAAAGCGACGUUGUACAGCAAAUUGCUGCAGAGCGCCCAGGAACAACACAAAAAGCUACAGUCAAGAAUAGAAAAGGUGGAUGAAUUGCUCAAGGAGACAGAGAGCUGUCUUGUUGACCUGGAAGCAGAUUCUGACAGGGAAGCAGACUGCGGUGAUGAAAUGGCAAAACGGAAAAGCCUUGAGGAAGAAUUGGAAAGCAUCAAAGCUCAAGAAGAGGAACUUCAAAGAGAACUGUCAGAUCUGGACACUCAGAAUGAGCAAAUGCUUGCUCAGAUGAACCAGCUAAAAGAAGAAGAAAAAAGCUGCCAGCAACUCCUGGAGUCAUACGACUUCACUGAGUGGGAGCUUACUGAAUGGAGCGAAAAGCAGGCAGUCUUUAAUUUUCUUUACGAUUCUAUUGAACUCACAGUCGUGUUUGGACCCCCAAUAGAUGGUGAUGUUUUUGGUGAAGAUCCUUCCAGAAAGAUAGUUAGCCUGAAUUUUGAAUCUCUCUUGGAUGAGGAAAAAGCUCCACCCUCCUCAUGUUUAGUCCAAAGACUCAUCUUCCAGUUUAUUGAAAGUCAGGGAUGCUGGCAGGAAAAGUGUCCCACACUGUACUACUUGCCCCAGGUUCUUCAGGAUGUCUCUUUGGUGGUGAGUCGUUGCAAGAUCUUAGGAGAGGAGAUUGAAUUUCUGGAGAGAUGGGGUGGAAAAUUUAAUCUUCUGAAGAUGGAUAUCAAUGACACAAAAGUGAAGCUUCUGUUCUCCGCUUCCACAGCUUUUGCAAAGUUUGAGUUGACGCUGACUCUAUCUGCCAACUACCCAUCUGCUUCACUGCCUUUUACUGUCCAAAACCAAAUUGGGAAUAUUGGGGAGGAGGAAAUCUCUGCUGUUCUGUCCAGUGUGCCAGUUGGUUCCCACUAUCUGCGGAGAAUAGUCAGCUUGAUUCAUCAAAAUUUGCUCCAGGAUCCCAGAUGA